AUAUCCAAACUCUUUGGCCGUACGGACGACGAGACUCUUCUCGAAAAGGCAAACGAAACGGAAUCGACGACAACCGCUAACGAGACCGCCAGCGCCAAGAAUGAGACCACAGAACCGAAGCCCGACACCAAUGAAGCGAACAAAACGACCGCUGAAUCGACGAAUACGACCGCAAACGGCAACCAAACGGAACCCAAGAAGGAGUUAAAGAUUAAGACAAUCAAAGAGCCCAUUGAUACCACUGUUGUUGUUUUGGAUUUACCGACUCUUAGCGAAGACCUACUCAAACAGUCCAGAGAUAAGCUCAAGGAGUUGGACGAGAAAGAGUCGGAACGACUAACACGAGACAAAGUGAAGAACACAUUGGAAUCGUUUAUUCUGGAGACGAGAGUUAAGUUAGAAGACGAGGAAUACUCGACGUCGACCACCGACGACGAGAAGAGCAACAUUGAGACGCAGCUGUCGGGCGCGCGGGAGUGGCUCGAGUACGAGUCGGACGGCGCGGAGACCAAACUGUUUACCGACAAAUUGGCGGAACUGAAAGCGCUGACCAAAACGCUGUUCGAGAGGGUCCGCGAGCACAGGGAUCGACCGGAAGCGUUGGCCGCGUUGAACAACAUGUUGAAUAUGAGCGAAAUGUUUUACGGCGGAGUAGCGGCCACUCCGGCCGACGACCAGAUCUUCACGGAGGUUGAGAUCCAGACGUUGAAGAAGUUGAUCGACGACACGAAGGCGUGGGUCGAACAGACGGUCGCCGAGCAGUCAAAGCUGGCCAAAAGCCAUGCGCCCAAACUGACCCUCAAGUCGAUCGCCGAGAAAAUGGCGGCUCUCGACCGCGAAGUGAAGUAUUUGCUAAAUAAGGCUCGCAUUACACCACCGAAGAAGAAGCCCGAGAAGAAUGAGAGUGAAGAAACGAGUGAUAAAAACAAGACAACAGACGAGAAGAAGACAACGGAUGAGAAGACAGAAGAGGAACAGACGAAAGAAGAAGAGAAGAGCGAAAGUGAGACCAUAAGCGAAGAGCCAGUGGUGGAGACUGUGGGCGAAGAGAGUGUGAAACUGGAGCCCAGUGUUGACGACCCGACGGCUAAAGCGGGCGCUAAACAACAUUCCGAUAGCAAAGAGCAUAAACCGGACGAUCACUCGGAGUUGUGAUGAAUGACUUCUGAUUCUUAGGUUUAUAUAUUUUUUUUCAAAUUUAAUUGUCAUUUAAUUGUCUGUGUUUUUAAAUGUAUAAAUUAUUUGAUUAAUUUAAUUGUAAUUUAAAACAAAUUAAAUCCAUUUUUUAGUUCCCAUUUUUCUCUCGCUUACAUUUUCGCAGUCGUAUACCAAACAAAUUGAUUGUUUAUUUGCACG